UCAACCAUCGGUGGGGGACAGCUUUGUCAUCACAAACCCCCCUGCUCUACUGGUUUCCCUGGGUUCCCAAGCAAUUGUGCCAUCAGACCCACCUCAGGGAGGCCCUAGAGAUGCAAAGGAGAUGACAGACACGGGCCAGUCUAGUGCAGAAGGAUCCCCCCCAAAUGGCUGCUCAUCUGCCCGGGGACUCCAAACACACAUGACUCACACCAUUUGGGCUCAGACAAGUGCCUCCCCAGGAAGCCCCGGGAUCCUGGCAUUACUAGGGACACACUGAGCCCCUGAUGUCCCUAACCCUUUGCCAGCACCUCUGGUCCUGCAGAAGCAGCCAACAUGCCUAACUCCAAGUGCCUGCAAAAGUCGGAGCCCCUGUGGAAGGAGUGGGACCAGAAGGCCCAAAAGAAUGGACUGAGGCACCAGGUGAACGCUGUCAAUGGUGACUGCUAUGUGGGCCAAUGGAAGGACAACAUGAAACAUGGAAAAGGAACACAGAUCUGGAAGAAAAAAGGAGCCAUCUAUGAGGGAGACUGGAAGUUUGGGAAGCGAGAUGGCUAUGGCACCCUCAGCAAUCCUGACCAAGAGAAGGGAAAGUAUAGAAAAGUAUACUCUGGCUGGUGGAAAGAUGAUAAAAAAUCGGGCUAUGGGAUUCAGUUUUUCGGACCCAAGGAGUAUUACGAGGGUGAGUGGUGUGGCGACCAGCGCAGCGGGUGGGGCCGCAUGUACUACAGUAACGGCGACAUCUACGAGGGCCAGUGGUUGAAGGACAAGCCGAAUGGGGAGGGCAUGUUGCGCCUGAAGAACGGGAACCGCUACGAGGGCUACUGGCAGAGAGGCAUGAAGAAUGGGUCGGGCCGUUUCUUCCACCUGGACCACGGUCAGCUGUUUGAAGGCUUCUGGGUGGACGACGUGGCCAAGUGUGGCACAAUGAUUGACUUUGGCCGCGAUGAGGCCCCUGAGCCCACCCAGUUCCCCAUUCCUAAGAUCGAAAUUCUAGACCCUAAUGGUGUGCUGGAGGAAGCCUUGGCCAUGUUCAAGAAGACAGAGGAAGAUGAAGAUUGAUGCCAGCUGCCACCAGCCCCUUACCCCUGCAGAGAACACACCAGAGCUUCUGGAGAAAUUCAAGCCCGUCGCCCAACUGCUCAAACCGGUGCGGCUUCUGCAGAAGUGAGUGGUGACUCGGGCACACCCUUGGCACCCUCAGAGGGCACCUCACUCCUCCCAGCACUGGAUCAUCCUCUCCCCAGCUGGCUUUGGGGAUCCUCUUGUUACAGCUUUCAUUCUGGGCCCCCAUUCCUGAGCACGGGAGUAUAAAGAACUGGUGGCUUCAGCCCAGGGCUUGCGGUGUGUGAUUGUGGGUGGGGUGGAGAGGGUGGAGUUCUGGGAAGGACUUUAGGUGAGGAAGACAGACAUCCCCACGGGCUGCAUGGAUUUACCCAGGGGGAGAAAGAAGAAGUGUCUCUAGGUCUCUGACCUUUGAGAUACUCCAGGGAGAAGAGCCGGUGUCUAGUCACAUUGGCCACUAAGAUUUGGGGUUGAGACAGAAUCUGGCUUCUCAACCUAACACAGGAACACUCAACCUUAGGAUCCUGCAGGAGCUUUAAAAGCUACAGACACCCAGGUCUCACAUUCAGACUCUGGUCUGUCUGGGGUGAGGCCUGGCCUUCAGAAAGUUCCCCAGAUGAUUCUAACGUGCAGCCGGGGCCAUGAACCCCUGACUUACUGGUUUUGUGACCCUAAGUGACCUCAGUUGCCCCAUUUGUAAAAUGGCACUUAGGAAAUCUCACAGGGGUUUUUGAGGAUUUGCUAACAGAUGUAAUAAUAACAAAUAAGUUGUAUUGAGGUUGUGAAGCUGAGAUCCAGGAAGAGCUUUGCAGAAUUCUAGACAACAUUCUGCAAGGUACAAGGGACCCUUACAUAAUGGGUAGGAACAUGAGCUCAGCAGUCAGACUGCCUGGGUGUGAAUCCCAACAGUGAUUUAUGAGCGGUGUGUUCUUGGACAUGGCACCCAACCUCUCUGUUCUCUAGGUUCCCUCCCCUCAGACCCGGACAAUAACAGUCCUUACCACCCAGGUUACCGUGGUUAACAUAAGGAUGAAAUAAGGUGUGGUUCUAAUCUGAGGGUGCUGUUGUCUCCCUUCCCUGCUGAGGGACACUUGGCAAUGUCUGGAGGCAUUUUUGGUUGUCACAACUGGCAGGGAAAGAUAUUACUGGCAACUAGUGGCUAGAGGUUGAGGAUCCUGCUAAACACACUAUAAUAUACUCUAGGGGCUCCCGACUUCAGCUCAGGUCAUGAUCUCAGGGUUUGUGGGUUUGAGCCCCAUAUCGAGCUCUGUGCUGACAGCUCAGAGCCUGGAGCCUGCUUCAGAUUCUGUGUCUCCCUCGCUCUGUACCCGCCCCCCCCCCCCCCCCCCGCUUACACUCUUUCAAAAAUAAACAUUAAAAAAAUAAACAUUCUACAAUAGUUUUCCAGCCCAAUGUCCGAAGUAUAACCCUGUAACCCCAUAUUCAUAAAGCCCUCAGCAAGUGCCAGAUAUAAAGAUUCAAUAAACAGGGACACUAUCGAUGUUCUUUCUGCCCUCUAAAUCAUAAGCAGGGUGGCCUGACCCUCGGUAUGGUUCUCACACCAGGAAGUUGAGCCUGGCCCACUUGGGACACAGAACAUUCACUCGGUGCCAGGCCCUGUGCUGAUAUGUGUCUCCUCCCAUGACCCCUCAACAACCUAUGAGGUGUCCUGCUAUUAUUAGUACCUUCUCAGAGGAAACAGGUUCAGGGAUGUUCACCAGUCACAAAGCUAGAAAGGAACUGUACUUAAACUUAGAUCUGUCUGCUCUGAAGGCACAGAACAGUGGCAGAGCAUAUAUAAGGCCACCUUUUUUUUUUUUUUUUUCUUUUUCCACCAGAAAAAGUAGGGUGUGUUCUAGUUUAUGUAUAAAAAUCUCUCUAGAUAGGAACACAAUAAAUACACUGGCAACAAUGGAUGUCUCUGGAGAGAACUGGGAACCCGGGAGGAAGGGCAACUUUUCACUGUUGUAUUUGGAACUUGUGAAUGUAUUAUGUAUCCAAAAUAUAAAUAAAACUGAAACUAAAGACUGUUCUUUAA